AUGCCUGUUGAUCCAGCAAAGUUAGCCAAGCUCAGAAAGCAAUCCGCCAGAAGAGUCGGUGGAUCUAGAGUUAAGUCUAGAAGAUCCCAGAAGAGCGAAGAGGGUGACGAUACCAAACUACAGAAUGCUCUUAAAAAGUUGGAUGCCCAGGUUAUGACUGGAAUCGAAGAGGCUAACUUCUUCAAGCAGGAUGGUACCGUCUUGCAUUUCAACAAGGUUGGUGUUCAGGCUGCUCCAAUGUACAACACUUACACUUUUAACGGUUUUGCCCAGAAGAAGUCUAUUACCGAAUUGGUUCCAGGCAUUCUCCCACAACUUGGUGCUGAGAACUUAAGGGUCUUGCAGCAGAUUGCUGAGCAGUAUCAGCAGAGAAAGAAUGCAGAAAAGCAAGAGGAGAAGGACGAAGACAUUCCGGACCUAGUUGAGGGUGAGACUUUCAACAAGGAAGAGGAGGUUGACUAA